CUAAAGCCUAAAGCCUGGAAGCUUUAUAGAAGGGAACCCCGCUAAUGAUUUACAUGGCCUUUUCCUUCCCUGACACGUUAUAUCCAAACCUUCCUCCUACAUAAACAAGGAGAUACCCCCCGAACCAGCAACUACUUCUCCUUUAUUCGACUCGAUCUAAUUCUGCUACUGUAGAUAUACCAUUAAUACACCCAAUACAUGCUAUUUUACUUCUCUCUUUAUACACCAACCUUAUAGAUACUCCGCAAGCAUGGCCCAAUCAACAGCCCACCGUCGGCUCUUACAAGAGUACAAGAUGCUGACCAACAACCCGCCCGAUGGCAUCACGGCUGGCCCAGUCAAGGAAGACGACAUGCUUCAUUGGGAGGCCCUAAUUCAAGGCCCCGAGGGCACUCCUUUCGAAGGCGGCGUCUUUCCUGCUGAGCUGAAGUUCCCGAAGGACUAUCCUCUAGCACCACCUAAGAUGACGUUCUUAGGAGAGAUCUUUCACCCAAAUGUCUACCCAAGCGGCUUAGUCUGUAUCUCCAUCCUACACCCACCUGGAGAUGACCCAAACCACUACGAGCACGCAUCGGAACGAUGGAGCCCCAUCCAAUCCGUCGAGAAGAUUCUCAUAUCUGUUAUGAGCAUGCUAGCGGAGCCCAACGAUGAAAGCCCGGCCAAUGUCGAAGCCGCUAAGAUGUGGCGGGAGCGGCGACCGGAAUACGAGCAGAAAGUUCGAGAGGGAGUCCGACGGAUGCUCGGUCUCUAGGGGAGAAAAGACAAACCAGUUACCGUUUUCGAACUAGUGGCCAACACGCACCCUUUCAACGCAAUCUCAAAUCUAUGUAGUCGAGCGCGACUCCAUAAGCAAUCAUUCAAUAUCAAG